AUGGCUCAGCAGGAGGUAGUCAGAAAGGAGACCUUGGGCGUGCAGAAGAAGAAGGGAAUCGAGAAUCGAUACUUCGUCUUGUUCAAGGACUCCUUUGGCACCAUGAACACCAGCACGAUCGAACGGCUUGACCUCUUGGUUGCAGAAGUGCGCGUAGGCGAGCUGCAAGGCUUGCCGGACCUUGCCCGCACCAAGAUCUGCAAGCAGAUGAUCCAAACCGGGCGUUGUGAGGACCCUGCCUGCACGUACGCACACAACAGGGAAGAGCUGAGAAUCGUGCCGGGCUUCUCAGCAGCCGAUCAGCGGGAGAGGGCCGUCCAGCUGGAACAGUUGGAGCUCCUGGAGAUGGAGAUUGAGAGGGGACGUGCUCAAGCCGGACGGUUGCAGCCCGUGUCGCAAGCCGAUGAGCCGAAGGUGAAUGGACAAAGCCAGAAGCUGAAUCAGAAUCAGCCGCUGUACCAGUCAAACAUGAUGGCCUGCGGCACUCCUGUCUUCUUCGUGCCAUCACUCGUGACCACGGGUGAUUAUCCCACUAUGUGCAUACCGGGCUCUCCCUCAGGGACAGCUGCACCGCAUGCUGCUGACAAGCCACCGGCCAUGAAGGAGACACCAGUGGCGCAACAAGCUGCGCAAGCGAUGCAGCAGAUGAACUCAGCCGCACAGGCCCACGUCGCCGAGGCGAUCCGUUUGCAAGCGCAGGCCAAGGCGGUGGCUCAGUAUUUUCAUCACCAAUCCGGAGGACCUGGCAAUGGCUACAGCAGCUUCAAUGACUUGGCGUCGACUGGACCAAUAUCACCGAAAUCAUCCGAGGCCAGAACUACUCGCGAAAUUCCAGCUCCGGCGCAAGAGCCAGCAAGCAAAGCUGUCGGCUCACAGCGAGAAGUUGGACCGGUCGGAUCAGUGGGUGCAAUGCCGCGAGGAUUCGGUGAGUUCAGUGGUCACCCCGCGUCGCUGUCAGAGGACGCCGAGGACGAGCCCUUCAUCCCCAGUGAGCCCGCACAGAUCAAGCUCGGCACACUCCGCUCGCUUAGCUCCAACUCUCUGCCAGUCCAGAUGGACGACGACGAUGACUUGGCAGACAGAGGUAUGCCAGGCAUGUCGUCUUCCGUGGCACAGGCUCUCAAGGUAAAGAACACGUUCUACGACUUUGAGACUGACUGCACUCCUCUUGGCAACAGGCUGCGCCCAAUUUGUUCUGCAGCAGGUCGCUUAGAUGCCUUGGCGACAGAAGAGGAGGAGACUGCUCUCGGCGGCUUAGCUUCGGGUGGGCUAGCUCCUGGAAGCUUGGCUCCUGGCCCGACCUUGUCCGCCACCGCUGCACCUGGUGGGUCAGACAGAGCAACUGCAAACCACCUGCCUGCAGAUCCAUUGCUGCGCAGAGCAAAUGAGCUUGCUUCAGAUGCAUUCGGAACCGGCGUCUACGUGAAGAACACGUUCAUUGACCUCGCUUGCGAGGAAGAGCCAGUUGCCGCUCUCCGUGCCGUGCACACGGCAGCGGGUCGUUUGGACAUGAUGUGGCGUGACGAUGAGGAGCGCGCUGAUUGA